GCGAUUUUCCGUGUUUUUAUCUUAAACACCAACUUCGGGAUAAUUUCUGUGAAUUUCGGACACCGUGACCCGCAGUCCCGGACAGUCCUGCUCUCUCCCCUCUCUCUCAACCCCACGAUCCAUACACAGGCCCCAGGGAACUUCUGGCUGAUGAGGGAAUGGGAACCGAUGGAUCUCUCAGACAGAGCUGAGCUCCAGCUAUCUAAAUGCAAGGAUUAGGAACUCGGAGAAAGGGAACAAAAUCUUUUACAUCAGCAGUUGAGAAAAUCACCUUUGUUCUACCUCCAAUCACAAACAAGAGAAAAUCUGCAGAUGCUGGAAUUCAAAGCAACACACACAAAAUGCUGGAGGAAUUCAGCAUUAGUACUCUUUUCCGUAGAUGCUGCCUGGCCUGCUGAGUUCCUCCAGCAUUUUGUGUGUGUUGCUUGUUCUACCUCCUCUUGCUCUGGACUUUUCUACUGGUGAGAACCAUUCUCUGUAGAUUCAUUAUGAUCGCAAACACCUUUGCCCUGGGCAACAAGUGGUUUCACAUCACAAAUGUGCCAGACUCCAAUGAGACAGACUACUGCCCUUCCCUUCAUAUUCAUUGGCAUUGCCAUCCCUCAGUUCACCACUUUCAGUCAUUUGGGGGAGGGUUCAGGGGAAAUAUUUAUGUAGAGUCCAGAAACUGGUGAUACCUGUGUGCAUAUGGUGGUGCUAAAGUUGCUGGAGAAUUUGCAAGUGGGAAGAAGUGGAGUGAUAUUUGGAAAUCUGACUUUUUAAAGUGUAAUUUAGCAAGCAAACCACAUAUGGACAAUAUGUAAAAGCUUUGGUGAGAAAAUCCUUUGUUACCCAUUACAGGCCUGCUACAUAGAUUGUGUGAAAGUGCAGAUGAACUGGAUCGAACCCAGAGGAGUUCAAAGUUCCUAUCGACUGUGAUUUACCAACUGUGAAAAUGAAUACCUCUCUGUAUAAAAUUCACUGUGCACAUCUUGUCACUGGGUAAAAAAUGAACAGUACACGAUUCAUGUGCACACUGGUUACUACAAAUUAGAGGGAAUAUUGGAGGGAAGGAGGGGAGACUUCCAGUGUCCCUGAUGCCCUCACCUACAAGAUGUGUAUUCAGCUGCAGUUUGUAACCCUGCACUUUAAGGUGUUGGAUCUUGAAAUGGGUGAAUUCCAGAUCAUCCAGCAGUAGGACGGGGUGAAAGAUAUGACAUGAAGAGAGGUGAGUUCCACCCAAGGUGCAGGACACAGGAAACUGGGUGAGAAUCGGGAAGGGGAAUGAGAUUAAAUAGCCAUCGUAGAGUACUCCAGUGCCAUGCCUGCACAAUAACAAGAGGAACACUUUAGAAACUGUUGGGGGGAGGAAAGUCAAAGGGCUGAUAAGUGGCUUUGUUAGGGGAACAGAGCAAGAGGCAAUUAAUAUCUUAGUGGUAAGGCUUACUAGAGCUAGUGGGGGUUGGGGCUGAUAUGGUUAAAGUAAGUUGUAGGGGGAAUGGGAGCCAGAAUGACAGAACAGAUAGUGGAGAUGGUGAAUUGAAUUGACUUUAUUAUGUACAUCCUUCAUAUAGAUGAGUAGAAAUAUUUACAUUACAUUACUGUCUAAAUGUGCAAUGUGUAAUUGAAAUUGAUUUAUAAUGUUUAGUUUGUAUAUAGGACAGUCAAGAAAGCAAUUAAUCAGUCUGAUGGCCUGGUGGAAGAUGAUGUCCCGGAGCCUGUUGCUGUGGUACCGUUUCCUGGAUGGUGGCAGCAAGAACAGUUUGUGGUUGUGGUGAAUUUGGUUCCCAAUAUCCUUUGGGCCCUUUUUAUAAAAAAAACCAUACCCCUACCAUCCAGGCUCCCAUCCAAACUCCUUUUAAACGGUGAAACUGAGAUCAUAUUCACCACUUGUGCUGGCAUCUCAUUCCACACUCUCACAACCAUUUCAGUAAAGAGCUUUUCCACAUGUUACCAUUAAAUAUUCACCUUCCCCACUUACCCAUGACCUCUAGUUGUAGUCCCACCGAACCUCCGUGGAACAAGCUGCUUGCAUUUAUUUACCCUAUCUUCUCCCUCAUCAUAUUGUAUACGUCUGACAAAUUCUCAAAGCAAUGUAUAAUUUCCGUGUUCAUGUUUAGGUGUAUAAGAUGAUGAGGGGUAUUGAUCGUCUGGAUAGCCAGAGGAUUUUUCCCAGGGCUGAAGUGUCUAACACGAGGGAGCAGAGUUUUCAGGUGCUUGGAAAUAGAUACCGACGGGAUGUUGGGGUUAAAAAUGACAAGGAAUUUGUCUACGGGAAUCCCGAACACAACACACCCGUUUUGCUGUCUCUGUCCAGAUACUUAAGAAGAGGAGCAAGCGAUUCACUCGAUCAUCCUUCCCGCUCAGACUGCGGAGAGGGAUUCACUCGAUCAUCUGACCGACUGGCACGCCUGUAAUUUCAAACAUCUGCUCAGACAGUGGGAAUGGAUUCAGUCGGUCAACUCAACUGAAGGUACAUCAGCAAGUUCACACUGGGACGAGGCCAUUCACCUGUUCUGUGUGUGAGAAGGGAUUCAGUCAGUCUUCCCACCUGCAGACACACCAGUCAGUUCACACUGGGCAGAGGCUGGUCAUCUGAAGAAUUUGUGGGGAAGCAUUCACUCGGUCCUCUGACCUGAUAGCUCACCAGCGAGUUCACACCGGUCGGCUGCCGUUCACCUCCUCAGACUGUGGGAAGAGAUUCACUCAGUCAUCCAACCUAAUGGCUCACCAGCAAGUUCACACCGGUCGGCUGCCGUUCACCUGCUUGGACUGUGGGAAGGGGUUCACUUGGUCAUGCCAUCUGAAGGUACAUCAGCGAAUUCACACUGGGGAGAGGCCGUUCACCUGCUCAGACUGUGGGAAGGGAUUCACUCAGUCAUCUGAACUGAAGGUACAUCAGCGAGUUCACUCUGGUGAGAGGCCAUUCACCUGCUCAGACUGUGGGAAAGGAUUCACUCAGUCAUUUAAGCUCAAAAUACAUCAGCGAGUUCACACUGGAGAGAAGCCGUUCACCUGCUCAGACUGUGGGAAGGGAUUCACUCAGCCAGCCCACCUACGAGCACACAUGUCAGUUCACACUGGGGAGAGGCCGUUUACCUGUUCAUACUGUGGGGAGGGAUUCAUUUUGUCAUCACAGCUGCUGGCACAUCAGCGAGUUCACACUGGGGAGAGACCGUUCACCUGCUCAGUCUGUGGGAAGGGAUUCACUCAGUCGUACAGCCUACUGGCUAUCUCGAAUCUUUUGGAUGAAAAACUUGUUGAAAGAUUUACUACCUUGGAAGUAUGGUUAAAGGAGAGCGAAGAAUCUCAUUGGGACAAAGUGCAGAAAGCAGAGACGACAUCUGGUCUCUCUAAUGUCGAGGAGGGCACACCCGCAAAACUGGAAACAGUAGCUGACCCAAACAAGCACGAUGUUGAAAAGUUGCCUCAAAUGGAAGGACUGUUUGGGACCCUGACCAGUGGUGAGGAGAGUGGUUAG